CUCCUCACACUUUCCACGGGAAAUCAAGAGAGCGAACUCUUGCAAACCCUAGCAAUGGAUCGCUCCACCUCUGAUAAGGAUAAAUCCUCCAAGCGUUCGCGCGACGAGCGUGAUCGGGACUCCGGCAGAGACCACCGCGAUAGAGAACACAAGCACAGAUCACGGGAUAAGGAUCGAGAUGGCAAUUCUUCCCACCACCACCGGUCGGAGCGCGAGGGUCAGCAUCGCGACCACGACCACCACCGCAAGUCUUCAAGGCGCGAGGAUCGCGAGGGUUCUCGGGACCGAGAAUCCAAGCGAGAGCGGUCGAUUGAUUUGAAAGACGAUCGGGAAGGCAGCAGGGAGAGAGCUGAUCGGUCUCACGACCGUCGAAGGCGAGAUGAAAGGGAACGGUCCAUGGAGAGGUCGUACGAUGGGAGAGACGAGAGGGAAGGGAGUAGAGAUAGGCACGAUAAUAAGCCGCGGGAGAGAGAAGUGAAGCGUGAGAGAUCGUAUGAUGGUUCGAGAAGGAAGAGGAAAGACAGAGAAGACGGUGGGGUUGAAAGGGAGAAGAAGGAAGCUAAGGUGUCGGAUGGUAAGAGAGAGAGGAGAAGAUUUGGGGAUAAAGUUAAGGAAGAGAAUGAUGUAGGUAAUGGUGAUAACUGGAGUGUUCCUGAUAAUGCUGCUACAGGUGAAUUUAGUGAGGUUAAGGUAAAAGAGGAAGUAAAUGACGAGUCAGUAGCUAGUGGCGGCACCAUCAAUGGUGGAUUUUCAGCUGAUAAUGGUGCUGCCUCCAGUUCAUUGACUCAGCUUUCAAGCAUUGCUGGGUCCUCUGUAGCUCCUGACUUUUCCGUCCCUAUCAAGGUAUCUUCAAUUUCAAACACGACUGAAAAUAAGGGAGUUAGUAUUACCAGAUCUCAUGAGGUUCCUGGAAAAUCUAGUACAGAUGGGUCAUCAUCGACUGCUGGCAAAAGUGGAAGUUCCUCCCAUGAUGCUUUAGCAAAAGCUAAGAAAGCCAUCGAAAUGAAGAAAGAGCUACAAGAGAAGUUGAAGAAGCUAAAAAUGUUGACAAAUAUUUCCGGUUCUGGUGGUACCAAUAUUUCACGGGCCAAAGAUGAUUUGAAAGUUCCAUCUUCGACUCCACAGGGAGUUGGUGCAUCAUCCACAACAUCCGCUAUUGGUGUUUCAGCUACAGCUGCUGCUGCAACUACUUUGGUGCAACCUGCUAUUGGCUUCCCCCCAAUUCCUGGUCUUAAUAGCACACCUAACUUUGAAGCUGUCAGACGUGCACAGGAACUUGCUGCAAAGAUGGGCUUCCGUCAGGAUCCUGAAUUUGCUCCACUUAUUAAUAUGUUCCCUGGACAGAUGCAGACUGAGGCUGUUGGACCACAGAAGCCUACUAAGGCUCCUGUUCUCCGGGUAGAUGCACUAGGCAGGGAAAUAGAUGAACAUGGAAAUAUUGUGAGUGUGACUAAACCAAGCAACCUCAGCACGCUCAAGGUGAACAUCAACAAGCAAAAGAAGGAUGCUUUCCAGAUUCUAAAGCCCGAGUUGGAAGUGGAUCCCGACUCAAACCCUCAUUUUGAUGAAAGGAUGGGCAUCAAUAAGGCUAAGAUUCUGAGGCCUAAGCGGAUGUCUUUUCAGUUUGUUGAGGAAGGAAAAUGGUCCAAGGAUGCUGAAUCAAUAAGACUAAGGCAUCAAUUUGGAGAGGAAAGAGCUAGAGAUAUGAAGGCCAGACAAGCACUUCAUGCAAAGGCUAAAGCUGCUCCUGACGUGAAUCCUAACCUUAUAGAGGUAGGAGAGAGAGUUAUGACUAAAGAGAAGGCGAAGGAACCAAUUCCUGAAAUUGAGUGGUGGGAUUUGCCUCUUCUGGUUGGUGGUGUGUAUGGUGAAUUCGAGGAUGGCAUUGUCCAUGACAAUCAAUUGAAGAUACAAAAGAUCACCAGCUAUGUAGAACACCCACGUCCCAUCGAUCCUCCCGCAGAGCCAGCACCUCCACCACCACAGCCUCUGAAACUGACCAAGAAGGAACAGAAGAAACUCCGAACCCAGCGCCGUAUUGCUCGUGAGAAGGACAGGCAGGAGAUGAUCCGGCAAGGCCUGCUUGAACCGCCAAAACCAAAAGUAAAAAUGAGCAACUUAAUGAAAGUUCUCGGUGCCGAAGCGACACAGGACCCCACGAAGCUUGAGAAGGAAAUUCGCAGUGCGGCUGCUGACCGCGAGCAAGCUCAUAUUGAUAGGAACAUCGCACGGAAGCUCACGCCUUCCGAGCGACGUGAGAAGAAAGAGAGGAAGCUGUUUGACGACCCAAAUACCUUGGGCACGAUGGUCUCUGUGUACAAGAUAAAUGAUCUGUCCCACAAGAAGACCCGGUUCAAAGUUGAUGUGAAUGCGAGUCACAACCACUUGACUGGUUGCUGUGUUAUCUCCGAGGGAAUCAACGUUGUGGUUGUUGAAGGUGGGAGCAAAGCGAUCAAGCGCUAUGGAAACUUGAUGCUUAGGCGUAUAAAUUGGGCCGAGGCUGUGAAUGAGGAUGAGGGUGAAGAUGAUGGAGAUGAUGACGAUGAGCAGAAACCGGGUAACAAAUGUGUGUUGGUGUGGCAAGGGAUUGUUGCGAAACCCAGCUUCCACAGGUUCUCUGUGCAUGAGUGCAUGACCGAAGCUGCUGCAAGGAAGAUUUUUGCCGAUGCUGGUGUCGUCCAGUACUGGGAUCUCUCUGUCAACUUCUCGGACGAUCAGGUGUGAGGCAUAGCCAUUGACCCAGCAAUUAGGUGGUAUUGCAUGUCAUCUCUUGCAUUCCUAGUGGAGAGUUUAUGUGAAAAUUAGUUGGAGCCAUUCUGGUGGGUUAGUUUUGGUAGCACAAUCUCUGAUGGAUGUCUCUGUUGUAUGCGCUCCAUUGUUGUUUGUCUAGGAAGUAGUUCUUUCUACCAUGCUUCUCUGUCAUAUUGUUGCUUCGUUUUACGAGUGCGCUGAAUUCUAGGGACCGAUUGUUUCAAGCCGAUGGUUCUGUGCUGUAUAUGCGCGCUGAAAUCUGCCCCUGCGCUGAACUUAAACUGACGACUAGCAACUCCUUCUAUUGCUUUUAACUUUGUGUGUUCCUGUUCAAACGUGCUUUUAUGUUCUCUACUGGUAUGCCACUAGAUCCCAAGUGGUCAAUGUAGCAGUAAGCUGUGGUUCGAUGUAGGUCGAUGUAGGCAUUCGAUACGCUGUGGUAAUUGUAUGUUGUAUGUCUGCUUACUCGAAGUUGUCCUGUAUUUGUUUGAUAACGGACGGUCGAAUAUCUGCCUUCUCGACGAUGUUGCGGUUGUGGGGGUUCCUGG